CCCCGAGAGAGGCGGAGGAGAGCGCGCGCUUUCGCAGCUCCAGCCAGGCAGCCGCACGGGUUAGCCAGCCGGGAACUCUCCAAGCGCUCGCGGCGGCGGGGAAGGAGCCGCCACCUGCCCAGGAGGGAUUCCACAGCUCCGCUCGGGACUUGGAGGCUUCGGGGAAGAAGAACUUUGGGCUCCUCGGACUUGGGGGCGGCUUGCUCUGAUUGCGUGGUGCUUGUCUGGGCGGGCUAGCCAGCCUCCUCCCGGACCACGUGGUGACGGGCUCGGGGCUGCUGCAAGGGGCGAGCGUGCGGACAGGGGCAGGGCAUCCAUCCAGUUAGGGGGCCAGCAGCAUGCAGUUGGAUAACUUCCCCCCCGGGAACCUCCACUCUUUCCAGGGCCACCGCGGCGUGGCCAACAACAAGCCCAAUGUCAUCCUCCAGAUAGGGAAGUGCAGGGCUGAGAUGUUCGACCACGUCAGGAGGACCCACCGCCACCUCCUGACCGAGGUGUCCAGGCAGGUGGAGCGGGAGCUGAAAGGCCUGCAGAAGUCCGUGGGGAAACUCGAGAACAACCUGGAGGAGCAUGUCCCCUCGGCGGCCGAGAACCAGAGGUGGAAGAAGUCCAUCAAGGCCUGCUUGGCCCGAUGCCAAGAGACCAUUGCCCACCUGGAGAGGUGGGUCAAGAGGGAGAUGAAUGUCUGGAAGGAAGUCUUUUUCCGCCUGGAGAAGUGGGCUGACCGGCUGGAGUCCGGUGGCGGGAAGUACUACCCAGGGGAUAAUGCCAGGCAGACCGUCUCUGUGGGGGUCGGAGGCCCAGAGAUCAGACCCAGUGAUGGGGAGAUAUACGAUUAUGCGCUCGACAUGAGCCAGAUGUAUGCGCUGACCCCGCCUCCCUCCGGGGAUGUCCCGAUUGUGCCCCAGCCCCUUGACCCCUAUCAGUGGGUCACUGCCCCAGAGGAUACUCCUCCCUCCCCAGUGGAGACCCAGAUUUUUGAGGACCCAAGGGAGUUCCUGACUCACUUGGAGGAUUAUUUGAAGCAGGUGGGUGGAACUGAGGAAUACUGGCUCUCUCAGAUCCAAAACCACAUGAAUGGCCCAGCCAAAAAGUGGUGGGAAUAUAAGCAGGACUCUGUCAAAAACUGGGUGGAGUUCAAGAAAGAGUUCCUGCAGUAUAGUGAGGGCACCCUGACCAGGGAUGCCAUCAAGAGAGAGCUGGAUCUCCCCCAGAAGAAUGGAGAGCCCAUUGAUGAGUUCCUCUGGCGCAAAAGGGAUCUGUACCAGACCCUCUACAUUGAUGCAGAUGAGGAGGAGAUCAUCCAAUAUGUAGUAGGGACCCUCCAGCCCAAACUCAAGCGCUUCCUCAGCCACCCCUAUCCCAAAACCUUAGAACAGCUGAUCCAGAGAGGCAAGGAAGUGGAGGACAACCUGGACCAUUCUGAGGAACCCAGUCCCCAGAGAACUCCAGAGCACCAGCUUGGCGACUCUGUAGAGAGCUUGCCUCCUUCCACCACUGCCAGCCCUGUUGGUAGUGAAGGGACCCAGCCAGAAGUGUAUGUACCACCAGCCACCGUGAUAUGAGCUGGAGACUGAGACAGGCAUUAUACGGAAGGGAGUCACUGGCUUAUUUCGGUAGGUGGUUUCCUUUCGGUGGGAGACUUUGGCCAUGACGGGUCCGAGGAUGCUCUCAGUCCAUUGGCCUUAGAAGGAGAAUUGUGGGGAUUUUUUUUGUCUUCUUUUGUGGACAGGCCACAAAGGAAUUCUGGCUAGCUUGAAUCAUCUGAGUUAGUCCAAGCUGGAGAAUUGACGGCUAUUUUGAGUAUUUUUGCAAAGCAAUUGAGAGGGUUGGACUGUUAAAAGUCAACCAGGCUGUAACUUGUGGUUCAGGCAGCCACACGUCCCUUGGACACUGAUUUCCAAGGAAUUUAACUGGGCAGAACAGAAGGGAGUUCCUUGCCACUGACACCAGUCCUUCCUUCAACAUGCUUUUCCUUCCAGGCAUUCACCCCUCCUUCUAGGAACCUGUUGAGCUCAUCCUUGCUUUCCUCCGCAUUGCUCAAUAGACUUUCAUUGACUCUCCUGGAGGCAAAUGACUUCUGCUUCCAACUUCUAGUCUGAUUGAAAAGAAAACCUUUAGAAAGUUUCAGGAAAGCUUACAGAACUAGUUUCAGCCACUUAGCUCAACAGCUGCUCCCGAGUUUCCUCCUUGUGUGGGCCUCUAGAUUCCCUCUGGCUCUGGCCUGAUUUUUAGGGUUCCGCAGCUCCAGAAAAACCCAUCAACACAUUUGACAGUAGACCAGAAGCAAAUUUUGUCACUUUGAUGUUUUACUAUUCUACAUUCUAGACAUGGGAGUAGAAAGGUUAGCAAGGGGUGCAUGGUUUGAACUGGCUUCCUCCCUCAACAGGAUGCUAAAGUAUUUGCCCCAAGUAGUAGGGGGGAAAAAUGUUCUAGGGUAUCUUUCAGUUUGAGGGCAUUCAAGAAGGGAAAGAUCAGAAUGUGCUUUAAAGUUUUACAGGGGUUAGCUUCCUAGGAUUUUCUAAGGGGGGGGGAUUCAUUCUUUACAAGCACAACUUGAAUUCAGAGCUCUGCCUCCCUCAGCAAUACCCUGAAGCAGGCCCUCCAGGAAGGCAAAGAUGCUACAGUGUCAAAUGCAGCUGUUGAAUUUCUUCGGGCUUUUGCUGCAUGAAAGAGGGACUGGGCAUUUUGGUGCUGGCAUCAACUUCCAAAAGUGUGAUGUCCUUGCAAUGGAAGUCUUGGUGUCUGAGCUACCUGGAAUGCUGAUGGACAUCCUCCCCUAAGCCUGCUUGAUUUUAUCAGGAAGUGCUAGAAGGAAGCUCAAGUUUUACUGCUUCCCCCAGUGCUGAGAAGCAAAAGACCAGCAGCAACUUUGAGAAACUUGGGCGGCUGGAGAAAGAACUGAAGCAACAGUUACUGCUACAGGAAACGCGUGCCCUCUAGAGUUUGGGAACUGCCAAAAGAGAACUGCUGAAGCCCAUACUAGUCAUUGACUAGUAGCAUUGACCAACGAUGUGAAAAGGAAGAGAGAACUUGCACAAAGACUGCUCCUGAUGUGCUCCUGCAAGAGAAGCAGUGAUGAACGGCCAUGCAAGGCACCUUGUGAGCCUUUGGGGCAUAACUCCUUCUCACAGGCUACAGUGACUCAUUCCGAAGCGGCUGUGAGCAACGCACUUCCUGAUUUGCCUGUGGAGCAGAGCUGAAGGCGGAGAUGGGGCUCAGACAAUCCUAGCAUGCAGCAGUGCCUGGAUGGACGUCAGCAUCCGAAAGCUCCUGCAGCUCCUGCAGAGAGAUCACCCAGAGCAGGGAGUUGUUUCCCCCUCCUGCGGUUAGAGAGCUGGCUCUUUGAUUGUCUGAGCUAUUGGUUUCACUGGAGAAGAAGCAUCUGCUCUGAAAACGCAGCCCAGAACGAGCAACAUCUUGAAGGAAAUUGCAUCAGUGCCAACAGACUGGGUCACCCUGGCAGAGAUCAGAAAGGGCACAAGGAAAGAGUUCUGUGGGAUGCAACUGGCCGAGAAUGAUGCUCAAAGGACCACAUCCAGUAGAGAGACUGGAAACUUAAGGAGAAGGUUGAAUGACCACAAGAGCAAUAGGAUAUUUGGGGCCUGGGGAGGAUGAAAGUUUACAGUGGUUGAGUUUUGCAAGAGAAGGAAAAGUUCCACUGGGGAUAACAGUAAGGAUGUGAUGGAGGGAGGGUUACACUAAACAUUCCUUUCCUAAUCAGUUUACUCCAAAAUGUAUUGAGACCCCUCCUGUCUGUGGGGUUUGAGCAGUUGAUAUUGAAGAUCUUUGACAACCUAUGUUUGGAGAAACAUCUUGGAAUCAAAGAUGUUUGUCCAAACGACAGAGUCGGGAUCAGCAGUCACAGGAAAGUUUACAGUCAUGUGUGAAGAAUGGGGCAUGUCCAGCUUCCCACACUGGCCAGAAGUACCACGGGGAACACAUUUCUUUCGAUGAGUUGGUGCUCCCAUUUCGGUUUCUUGAACUUCAUUAGGAAGCAUAAGCACAUGGAGCAUUGUGUGUGCUGCAGUUACAGAAAUCCAUUUUUGGCAUUCAAAGAAGAUUCACUUCACAUUCCAUCUGUGUCAAACAGGUUGAAUUGGAGACGGUUUGGGACUUUCUUUCUUUCUUUCUUUCUUUCUUUCUUUCUUUCUUUCUUUCUUUCUUUCUUUCUUUCUUUCUUCCAAAACUACUGGGCCUACUACUGUUGUGUAAGUGUGGCCAUAAAUAAACCUCAGUCAACAGAUGCAAGUUUGGGGCGGUAUAGAAAUGUAAUAAAUAAAUAAACAUGCCAAAUCGUACUAUGUAACCAAAUUGUUGUGGCUUGGUCAUUUUCCUGAGCAGAAAUGAUGCACCUUAAGCCAUCAGAAGACUAACUUCUGGGGACAGGACCAUUAUAUUAAAAACAAAGAGACUCCUUCAACUUUACUUGGAGAAAAUGGUGGACUCUCAGGUUGGCCUUUUCUGCCAUUUCCCUUUCCUAACUUUCCAGAUGAUGUGACAACUUAGUUCUGGGGUUAUUUUAGGAAAUGGCCAGAUUGAUUGCUGGAUUUUGAUGACACCAAUGGCUUCUAACCAACAAGAGCUGUAGCUGUAGCACUUGUAUUUCAUGGAUCAUCUGUUCUCAUUGAGAGAGAUGGUGGUGUUCCUCUCCUGAGGGAGAACUAUGUGCAAGGGAAUAUGUGUGAUGUAUUUGCAAACUCAAAAAUGAAUCUCAUCCAGUGUGUACUCUGUACAACAAGGCUCCUUUUUACUUCUGAGACUUAAAAAAAAACAACCAAUGGGGCUUAUCAGCUCACUCAAUAUUGUAUGGCAACUGGGCCUAUUGAUGCAUUACUGAUGCAGUCUUGUACUGAUACACAGACUUGGAGCCAAAGGUUUCUUGUGUGAUCAGUCCACUUGGCCGAGUUCUGAUGGCAGAAAGCCUUCUUUCUCAUGGGUAUCACAUUGGUGGUGAAUCAUAAGAGGCUGUGUCAGCCACUGCUAAGACAUUCUCUAGUUGCAAAGCAAUUGUAGCAAGGUAUAUUCACAAUGUUUGCUUUUGUAGAUUUCUAUAAUAAAACAUGGUAGUCACUGCCUAAAAGAAA